AGUGUGCGCAGAGGAAUUCAGUCAUGCUGCUGGCGCACAGCGCACACGCCCUGCUGCGUCAUCUUGUCGAAGGCUCACUAACUUCUGGACGCACAAUCUCUGUCUUCCCUGAUUUCGUUCCACUCGCCGCUGUUGCCUCCCUCCGUCCACGGCUGCGUGGGCGCUUGGCUGGAGGGACCGGAGGGGGGGAAAUGGUCGCGUACCCGGAGAGGAUCCUUUCCGCUCUCUCGGUGUGGUGACGCAACCAUUUACCUGAGAAAAAUGGCUCUGCAAAACCUCACGUGCCAUUACGAUGAGCCCAUGAGCUUUUUCUACAACAACAGCGGCGCUGACGACAAAUGGGACAAGACCCAGCUCAUUCUGGUUCAGGUGGUGGGCUCGCUUUUUUGCUUUUUCAUCCUGCUCUCCAACGCCAUGGUCAUCGCUGCUGUCAUCACUAACAAGAGGUUCCACUACCCGUUCUACUAUCUGCUCUCCAACCUCGCUGCCUCGGACUUCCUGGCGGGCAUCGCGUAUGUGUACCUCAUGUUUAACACGGGUGAGGUCUCACGGAAACUGACAGUGAAAGGAUACUUUAUCCGCCAAGGUCUUCUGGACAUCAGCCUGUCUGCCUCGCUGGCCAACCUGCUGGUCAUCGCGCUGGAGCGUUACAUCUCUAUCAUGAACUUUAAAGUGCACAGUAACCUGACAAAGAGGAGGGUGACCUUGCUCAUCGUGCUGGUGUGGGGCAUCUCCAUCCUCAUGGGCGCCGUGCCCAGUCUGGGCUGGAAUUGCAUCUGCAACCUGAAUGACUGUUCCCAGCUGGCCCCCGUUUUCAGCAGGGGCUACCUGGUCUUCUGGUCUGUGUCUAACCUGGUCGUGUUUCUGGUCAUGGUGGUCAUUUACUUGAGGAUCUACACCUACGUUAAGAAGAAGACCUCAUUGCUCACUCCGCACACCAGUGGCUCCAUUAACCGCAAGCGGAUGCCUAUCAAGCUCAUCAAAACUGUCAUGGUGGUGCUGGGAGCUUUUGUGGUCUGCUGGACUCCCGGCCUGGUGGUUCUGCUGAUGGACGGCCUCAACUGCACCCGCUGCAACGUCAUGAAACUAAAGCGCUGGCUUCUGCUCCUGGCUGUACUAAACUCUGUCAUGAACCCUUGCAUUUACUCCUACAAGGACGAGGAAAUGUGGAUCACCUUCAAGAACCUCUUGCGAUGCAUAGGCAACGGUACUCGGCGGCAGCGCUCCACGAGAGCCAACGCCCGGCCGCUAAGCUCCACCCAUGACACGGGCAACAGCCAGCUUCCAUCCGAAGAGACAAAAAAUGGCGAUCAGGAUAUCUUCCAGACCUGAGAUUAUGAUUAUCGUUCCUGAACUUUGACAAAUGUCUGUUCAGUUGAAGAUGAAAAUGCUUCAUGAAGAUAACGCGUAGACUGGAGUCAACAGUUCUCUUAUCUUCAAAGAUGUCCGGUGAGGAGCACCAGCUUAAGUGUCAGUCAAAAGCUGAAGGUGUUUUGUUGCGCUGAGAAGACACAACACCCUGUUGGUGUAACAAACACAACACGACACUUGUUUCCACUUGCUGGAAUUUCAUCAUUUUGCAAGUAAUCUCUAAAGAGAGAUUCCAGUCUUGUUUCUGUUUCUGUUAUUUAUGGCUGAAAAGAAACACUAAGAAGGUCACCCUGGUCCAUUUUUUUCUAUUAAAUUCUAGAAAGUAAAUAAUAUACCAUGUGAUGCGACUGUCUUGUUUGCGUCUAGUUGGUCAUUAUGAUGUAGUUUGAUAUCGUGAGGAGUAGAUCGUUUUAAGGACUAGUACUGUAGCUCUGCAUUGUUAUGUUACAUACUGCAAGAAAUGAACAAUACUGUGUAAACAGAAGCCACUCUGGCCACUACAUUAGGUACACUUGCUAUAUGCUCAUGUGGUGACUGCAAACUACGUACACACAUUUUGAAAUUAUUACCUCUGUCAACCAUACAUCUGUUGCCCAAGGCAAAACAUUUGAUAUUUAGAUCUCUUUCGAUUUCACAAGCGCAUUUAAUCAAAUCUCGGGGGAUGGAUUUCAAAUUUAUGUUAGCUUGCCGCCUCAUCUCUCUCUUUUUUUUUUUCCUCCAUUUGCAACCUCCAGCUGCUGAUUGAGGCAAACUUGUUCUCCCUGUAGCAUUUCCCCACUUCCGCUUCAGUUCCUUUUAAUGGCUGCUGCUGCUCUAGUGAAACAAAGGCAAGAGGCUUGUAAAGGGGAAAAAAAAUGUCGUAACACACUGGAUUCCUGGUUUGUCACACAAUAGUUUACCUGCAGGAAGUAAGGAGGAUAUGACUGACGUUAGACUACAACGCUCCUUCCCAGCUCGUGCUAUAAAUAGCUGAUAGGUUUGACACAUGCGGCUUCGGCCUGCCGACACUAUGUAUGACGGUUCAACAUUCCUCACUAACGCUAUUUCAUGUUUUGUCUUUGACUACUUGUUUAUGUAUAGUGCAUCGCACGGAAUGCAUGAGCCUUUUUACAAAUUACAUUGAGAAAAUUAAGUUUUAUAAAAAGACAAAUAUGACAA